AUGAUUACACUCAAGACCAUCACCAUUGCCAAUGAUGAUGGUGGUACCUAUGUUGUCAGCAAUGAAAAGGAAUUCGAUCGUUUGCUGGAUUCCUUGAACACAAAGUAUUUGCAGAACGUGGACGACAAGCUGCGAGUGCUUGGAUAUGCAUCUCUUAUGGACGGAAGAACCUACACGAUUGGGGCCAGUAGUGUUGCAAAUGAAGAAUGCAACAAGAAAAGGCCUGACGAGGCAUCGGCAGAUAAUGCAACGAGAAGAAAUAAGAAACAGAAGUCAGCGAAUGAAGAUGAAUCUAUUGUCAUCAGUACUGACAGUGAACUAGACGAGAUCAAAAGCAAUGAUGCGACUGCACAAGAGCUCGAUGAGGGCGAAAAGAAGAUUCAAUUGAGUAAAUCCAGCAAAUUUAUUUUCGACGGGAAUGCUUUGUACCACCAAGGCAAAUACGAGGAAGCGUUGAAGCUAUACCAAGAGGCUCUUGAAAUUCGUUUGGCAGCAUUGGGAAGCUCUCAUGUUGAUACUGCCCGUUCAUACAACAGUAUCGGACUUGCCUUGAACUAUCAAGAUAAAUAUGAAGAAGCAUUGACGAACCACCAAAAGGCACUUGAUAUUCGUUUGGCAGUAUUGGGAAGCUCUCAUGUUGAUACUGCCAGCUCAUACAACAAUAUCGGGAAUGUUUUGGAAGAUCAAAAGAAGUACGACGAAGCGUUGACGAAUCACCAGAAGGCACUUGAUAUUCGUUUGGCAGCAUUGGGAAGCUCUCAUGUUGAUACUGCCAGCUCAUACAACAAUAUCGGGAAUGUUUUGGAAGAUCAAAAGAAGUACGACGAAGCGUUGACGAAUCACCAGAAGGCACUUGAUAUUCGUCUGGCAGCAUUGGGAAGCUCUCAUGUUCAUACUGCCGACUCGUACAACAAUAUCGGGAAUGUUUUGGACAAUCAAAAGAAGUACGACGAAGCGUUGACGAAUCAUCAAAAGGCACUUGAUAUUUACCUAGCAGCAUUGGGAAGCUGUCAUGUUGAUACUGCCGACUUGUACAACAAUAUCGGGAAUGUUUUGGACAAUCAAAAGAAGUACAACGAAGCAUUGACGAACCAUCAAAAGGCACUUGAUAUUCGUUUGGCAGUAUUGGGAAGCUCUCAUGUUGAUACUGCCAGCUCAUACAACAGUAUCGGGUGUGUUUUCUGGAAUCAAGAUAAAUAUGACGAAGCAUUGACGAACCAUCAAAAGGCACUUGAUAUUCGUUUGGCAGUAUUGGGAAGCUCUCAUAUUCAUACUGCCAACUCAUACAGCAAUAGCGGACUUGCGUUGGAAGGGCAAAAGAAAUAUGACGAAGCAUUGACUUACCACCAAAAGGCACUUGAUAUUCGUUUGGCAGCAUUGGGAAACUCUCAUGUUGAUACUGCUAGCUCAUUCCUCAAUAUCGGGUGUGUCUUUCUGGAUCAAAAUCGACUUGACGAAGCAUUGAUGAACUUCCAAAAGGCACUUGAUAUUCGCCUGGUAGUGUGCGGAAAAGGUCAUGUCGCGACUGCUGAAUCGUACAACAAUAUUGGUCGUGCUUUGUUCAGACAAUGUAAAUAUGACGAAGCAGUAAAGAUGUAUCAACAAGCGCUUGAUAUUUACGUUGAUGCCAAUGGCAAUCGUCAUCAAGUUACUGCUUUGGCAUACUUCAACAUUGGAAUGGCCUAUGAGAAGCAAGCGAAAUACAAGGAAUCAAUGAAGAUGCUUUGUCAAGCUCUCGAGAUUCAAUUGCAAGUCCCUGUCGAUGGUCAACAGUUAGUUGCAGACACGUAUAAAUGCAUGGGAAGAGUCUUGACCAGCCAAAAUCAGGAAGGCAAAGCCCGUGUACCAACAGACUCUUGA